GGCGUCUCCGAGCGGGCACCAUGGAGGCAUCCGGCAGGACCCCCGCCAGCCCGACCCGCAGAGUCCAGACCAUCAUCCAGAACAGCCCCCUGGACCUGAUCGACACGGGCAAGGGGCUGAAGGUGCAGACGGAGAAGCCGCACUUGGUGAGCCUGGGCAGCGGCCGGCUCAGCACCGCCAUCACGCUCCUGCCCCUGGAGGAAGGGAGGACCACCAUCGGCACGGCCGCGAGGGACAUCGUCCUGCAGGGCCCCGGGCUGGCGCCCCAGCACUGCUACAUCGAGAACACGCGGGGGACGCUCACCCUGCACCCCUGCGGCAACGCCUGCGCCAUCGACGGCGUGCCGCUCCGGCGGCCCACGCGCCUCACCCAAGGGUGCACCAUCUGCCUGGGCCAGGCCACCUUCCUCCGCUUCAACCACCCUGCUGAGGCCAAGUGGAUGAAGAGCAUGAUCCCGGCAGGGGGCAGGAGCCCGGCGGCUCUCUACGGGCUGCCAGCAAAGCCCGAGGCCCUGGUGAACGGUGGCCGCCAGCCGCCGGAGCACGGGUGCCCCAGCCACAGCUCCCUCGUCAGCUCCAUCGAGAAGGACCUGCAGGACAUCAUGGACUCGCUGGUGCUGGAGGAGCCGGCGUCCCCCGGCGGCAAGAAGCCGCCCGCCCGCGGCCGGUCCCCCCUCUCCCCCGUGGUGAACGGGGGCGGGCGCUGCCUCCUGUCCCCCCCGCCCAGCCCCGGGGCCACCUCGGGGGGCUCCAGCUACGAGAACUUCUCCCCGCUCUCCUCCCCGGCCAGCAGCGGCGGCUACACCAGCCCCUCACCCAGCAGCCAGGAGCAGGGUCCGGCCAUGCCCCCCCUCGUCCCGCUCCGCUCCUCCAGCUACAACCACGCCGUGCAGCCGCCCCCCCAGCGUCCGCCCCCCCCACCCGGCGGGGGUCCCGCUGAGCCUUGGCCGGCCGAGAGGCUCGGGGACAACCGGGCGGGCAGCCCCCGGCUGACCCCCAGGGCGGCGCCGCGGCCGCGGGCAGCCCUGCAGGAGCGGCCCCCCAGCCCCUACCGGGAGCCGCGGGACCCCCUGGCCCCCAGCCGGCAGCCCGCCGGCAGGGCGGUCCCGGAGGCCCGGCUGCAGCCCCCCGAGAGCCCGCGGGCGGCCCGGAGGAACGUGGAGAGCAUGCGGGAGCUGCCCCCCCUCAGCCCCUCCUUGUCGCGCCGAGCCGCCAGCCCCGGGGCCCCCGACGCCCCCUCCCCGCAGCCCCGGCUGGGCAGGGAGGUGCCCGGCAGCCCCCGCGCCAGGCGCAAGGGCCCGGAGGAGCCAAGGGGCGCCGGGACCCCCUCACCCCCGCUGCCGGCGGAGACGCCGCCACGCCGCCCCAGCUUCGGCACCUGCCUGAGCCCGGCGUACGGGCUGGUCUCCCCGGCCGUGCCCUCGCCCCGGCAGAGCCCCCGCGCCCCCAGGAAGCCCUUGGGGGACCCCCGGCCGCCGGCGGGGCCGCGGGAGCGCAAGAACAGCAUCACCGAGAUCAGCGACAACGAGGACGAGCUGCUGGAGUACCACCGGCGGCAGCGGCAGGAGCGGGUGCGGGAGCAGGAGAUGGAGCGCCUGGAGCGGCAGCGCCUGGAGACCAUCCUGAACCUCUGUGCCGAGUACACCAAGACGGACGGCACCGAGCCGGGCGACGUGCACCGGCUCCUGGCUGGUGACGCGGAUGCUGGCCAGCGGGUGCCCAGGGGUGCCGUGGCUCUGGGCCGUGCCGCCGAGGAGCUGCGGCAGAGGGAGAGCCUGGAGAGGUCGGACGAGGAGAACCUGAAGGAGGAGUGCAGCAGCACUGAGAGCACCCACCACGAGCACGAGGAGCUGGCGGGCCCCCGGGCCAAGGAGGCGCAGCGGCUGGAGGAGGAGCGCGCCGGCGUGCUCGGCCGCCUGGACCAGCUGAAGGGCCGCGUCAAGGAGCUGGAGCAGCAGCUGCAGGAGACGUCGCGAGAGGCGGAGAUGGAGCGGGCGCUGCUGCAGGGCGAGCGGGAGUCGGAGGCGGCGCGGCUGCGGCAGGAGCAGGAGGCGGCGCAGCAGCUGCAGGAGAAGCUCUCCAGCCUGGACGCCAGCAUCCGGAAGGAGCGAGACAAGGAGGCGGAGGCGCUGGAGACGGAGGCGAAGCUGUUUGAGGACCUGGAGUUCCAGCAGCUGGAGCGGGAGAGCCGCCUCGAGGAGGAGCGCGAGGCGCGGGGCCAGCAGCUCCUGCAGAGCCGGGCCGAGUGCCACCGCAGCAUCGCCCGCAGGAAGGAGCGGGUGGCCGCGCUGGAUGCCCAGGCUGCCCAGAUCCGGCUGCAGAGCAUCCAGGAAGCCGAGCGCCUGGCCAGGGAGAGGAACGGCGUCCUGCAGCUCCUGCAGAAGGAGAAGGAGAAGCUCGUGUCUCUGGAGAGGCGAUACCAGCUCGUCACGGGCGGCAGGAGCUUCCCCAAAAUGUCCUCAGCUCUCCGAGAGGUCUAUCGUGCCAAAACGGAGGGCGACGCCGGUGCCCUCGCCCCUCGGAUGAAGAGCGGGACCCCCUCGUCCUCGCAGCUCAACCUCUCCGUGCUGGGGCGCAGCCCCUCGCCCAAGGUAUGGCUGCCGGGGGGAGCCGGCCCGGCGGGCAGCCUGCCCCGCAACCUGGCGGCCACGCUGCAGGACAUCGAGACCAAGCGCCAGCUGGCCCUGCAGCAGAAGGGUCAGCAGGUGAUCGAGGAGCAGAAGCGGCGGCUGGCGGAGCUGAAGCAGAAAGCGGCCGCCGAGGCUCAGUCCCAGUGGGAAGCCCUGCACGGGCAGCCCCCCUUCCCCGCCGCCUUCCCCCCGCUCGUGCAUCACUCCAUCCUCCACCACCACCGUCCCCAUGGCGUCGGGCCCCGGGCCGAGGAGCUGGACCAUGCGUACGACACCCUCAGCCUGGAGAGCUCCGACAGCAUGGAGACCAGCAUCUCCACCGGCAACAACUCUGCCUGCUCGCCCGACAACAUCUCCAGUGCCAGCGGGAUGGAGGCGGGGAAGAUCGAGGAGAUGGAGAAGAUGCUGAAGGAGGCGCACGCGGAGAAGUCGCGGCUGAUGGAGUCCCGGGAGCGGGAGAUGGAGCUGCGGCGGCAGGCGCUGGAGGACGAGCGCCGGCGCCGGGAGCAGCUGGAACGCCGGCUGCAGGACGAGACCGCACGGCGGCAGAAGCUGGUGGAGAAGGAGGUCAAGCUGCGGGAGAAGCACUUCUCGCAGGCUCGUCCGCUGACGCGGUACCUCCCCAUCCGCAAGGAGGAUUUUGACCUGCGGCUGCACAUCGAGUCCUCGGGCCACAGCGUGGACACCUGCUACCACGUCAUCCUGACGGAGAAGAUGUGCAAGGGCUACCUGGUCAAGAUGGGCGGCAAGAUCAAGUCUUGGAAGAAGCGCUGGUUCGUCUUCGACCGCAUGAAGCGCACCCUCUCCUACUACGUGGACAAACACGAGACGAAGCUGAAGGGCGUCAUCUACUUCCAAGCCAUCGAAGAGGUUUACUACGACCACCUCCGCAGCGCUGCAAAGAGCCCCAACCCCGCGCUCACCUUCUGCGUCAAGACCCACGACCGCCUCUACUACAUGGUGGCACCCUCGGCCGAGGCCAUGCGCAUCUGGAUGGACGUCAUCGUCACCGGGGCGGAGGGGUACACCCAGUUCAUGAACUGAGGCGGGGGUAGCGGGUGGGGGUGCUGCGCACCCCGGAUCCACCAGCUUGACGGACUCCUGAGCAUCCCAAGCAGAGAGGAUCUCCCGGGGGGGAUGGACCACGGACCCUGCUGCACCCCGUGCCAAGGGCCGUCCGCGCCGUGGCGGUGGAGCCGCGCCGGGCCCCGCGCCGAGCAUCGCCCGCUCAGCCAAGGGAAUAAUUUUCUUUUUUUUUUUAUGUUGGCUUUUUAAAAACAAGAUUAAUGGGAAACGUAUCGAAGUGCUGAAACGUAAAAAAAGCUGCCAAAGACCUGCCGGUGCCCGGGGCUUUCUGCCACAGGGAGAUGCUGGAUUUGAGACUGACACUGUUACUUGCCACAUUUUUUCAGUGAGGGACCGCGUGGCCGUGCCAUGACGCCAACUGGCCCCAGGCGCCCGGGACACCCCCCCCCACUUUGGUAGCCCUAGCCCCCUCUUUGUAAAUCUUUUGUAACCCCGUAUCGUGCCCCCCCGUGCUGCAGCUGGGCGGCGGGUGCAGGGGUGGGCUGCCCAGCCAUAAAGCGUU